UCUAUUCGGCAGACGGGCCGCUCAGUGUUCGGUCGAGUACAUUACCAUUUGCGAUAGGCGACAAUUAUAUUGAAAAUAUCUGCACGUUUUUGUCGCACGGCCGUGCGGGUAGCGAACGAGUAACAGUUUAUGCGCGCGCGCGCGUGUGUGUCGUCUGUCAACUGCCGUACCGGUUACGGUUCAUUGUGUAGGUAAGUACCCAUUACCUAUACGGCUGUUCCUGGCCAUGCCAACUCGUUUCGUUAUUCGUUAUUACUCGAACAGAAUAAUAGUGGAUGGCCUGCCGUUUAGCCGUUUUAGAAAAAAAAAAAAAACCACAGUCUUUUGCAUUCCGAUUACUGGAUUGUUAUUAUUUCUAGCGUGUUUAUGUGCAACUACUCGUUAGGUAAAAGGUGCGCAAUUGCAAUUGAUAUUACGACGAAUUUUAAAUUGCUAUGGAAAACGAAAAACAAAAUAUCAGUAAUCUCUAACACAGAAAAAAAAAAAUAUAUCAUAAUUGACGCAGGGAAAAAUGUCAAGGGGGAAAAAGAUUGAAAAAACAAGAAUGAAUAUACCUGCCGAUAGUUUUUAAUAAUUGUCAGAUUGAAAUUUUUGAUUCCAUAAUUUUCGGUGAGCGGGGUAAACCCCCAGGAUCCCGAUCUGCGUCCACCGCUAGUAUAACCUUAAUAAACUGCAAAUAGUACAGUGUAAUAUACAUAUUUACAUAAUUGAUAAUCUUAAUCUGCAGUAGCUAUAAUCUAUCUAUUAGGUACCCGCUACUUACCGAUGUAUAGAUAAUACCUAUUAGGUAUAUAUUAUAAUGAAACUAGAUGUACAUACAUACAUAUAAUAAUAUUGUCGUGUUAAUUGUUAAUCCGAAAUAAAAUGAAAAAUUGCGUUGUUAAACGUGUUAUAUACAGUAGUAUAGGUUUCUAGUGUGAUAUUAGAGUAAUUAUUAGAUUAUAAUUCAAUCAAAAACCCUGCUGUGGCCGCAGGACCGGCUUAAAAAGUAUCGAUGCUCUCUGCAGACAUUUUUGCGGGGCUAUCUAGCUAUCUAGAUUGCGACUAAACAUGGUGUCUUUAAAAGUGUGGGUCUCUGUACGAAUGCAUAGCUUGGACUGCCUUCAAGCCGUCCCUGACUGUAGGUAGUAAUAGAGCAAUCAUUUGGCACUAACUUAAAAGAACGAGGAAUAUAUUUCGGUUUUACAUAGUAUCAUUUUUGUGGUAACUUAUUUUUGUUCAUACCUAAUGGGUAAUUUUUUUGAAUAAUUAAUAAAAACAGAUGAAAAACGAAAAUAUUUACCGCAACAUCAUUUCUGGUCAAAAUCGUUUUUGUUGUUGUAGGUAAUCCAGUAUAAAAUAAUUAUAGAGAUCUGACAUUUUCACCAAAAAUACAUUUAUUUAUACCUAUAUACCUAUUAGCAUUUUCUAGACAAUAGGUACCUACCUAAAGGCUUUAAUUUUAGGAAAAUUUUGCCUGUUUCGUUUUUUUUUUUUGACACUACUUACUUAAAAUUGUUUAGAUUUUUUUCGAUUUAUGUAAAUAAAAUUGUUUCGACUUUUUGAGUUUUAACUAGUUUUAAGCAAAAUAAUUUUUGUCGAGUAUACAUAAGUGAUUAAUUAAAUCGAUCAUAUAACAAAAUUUCGUAUUUUUUAUACCUACCAGGUAUUAACUUACUGAAUAAGUAAUUGACUAGGUAUCUAUCUAAUAAUAUUCUUAUAAAUUACUGUCCUUAUAAAAUAUUGAUAAAUAAUAAAUACUGUCCCAUGUCCUAAUAACAAUUGCAAGAUAAACAAGUACCCGUGGUUAGGUAGGUACUUGAUAAACGUAGAUAUUAAAUACCAAACUUAUUUAAAAUAUAUCCAUAAGCAAUAAACAUCUGAAUGACUAUUAAAAUAGUUAUUUUACCUACCUACCUAUUAAACAUGUUAGACGUUAAACGUUGUGACGUUAGUAUUGGUACCUACUUAAUUACAAAACAGUUAAAUAUUUAUCAUAACCAAAUAUUCAUACAACAUUAUUUUCUUGAACAUUUUUAAAAUUCCUAUUUAAGUCAUCUAUGAAUUUAUUUUUACUUGAUCAUUAGUUGAAUAAUUAGCUACUAUUUUACUUCUAUACAAAAAAAAAAAAAUAUAAUAAUAUAUAAAUUCUAUCACUGAAAGACAAUUUUAUUGCGAUUGUCUCUUAUUUCUGCAGUAUAAGCAAAUAGAUCUUAUCGGCUGUUAUUAGAUAUAACUUGUUUGCGAGCUCAAAUCGGCUCUGAAAAUUCUUAGCAGCUAUGAAACAGAGACAGUGUAGUAAUGUCGAAAAGGUAUUCACGUAUAAUAUUAUUAUAGCCUUUGCCAGAUAGCUGUUUUACCCCGACAAAUGUCCGCCAAAGCAGCUAAAACUCCAAGUCAACAAGUUUUGUUUAAAAAUAGUAGGUAGGUAAUUGACCUAGGUACCUACCAACAUUUAUUGUUUUAGCCAUGGAAACAUAUAUUAUAGUUCUUCUGUGUAGAUACUGUUAUGGUAUUGAUAUAUACGUAGUUUGAAUAAUUGUACAAGUUUAAAAAAUAGGUAAAAAAAAAAAGUAUAAGUAAGUACCUACCUACAGAUACCUAUUGAAUAAUUAUUUUUAUCAUGAUGAAGUCGUAGAUCUGCAAAUACUUUUAGUCCAUUUGAUCAAUUUUUCCUGUUAAUAAUAUUUAUUCAUUGUUGUGUUUUCUACGACUUAUUCAAUAGGUAUCUGUAGGUAGGUACUUACUUACACUUUUUUCUUUAACCUACUUUUUAAACUUAAACAAUUAUUCAAACUACGUAUAUAUUAAUAUCAUAACAGUAUCUACACAAAGAAACUAUAAUAUAUUUCCAUGGUUAAAACAAUAGAUGUUACUAGGUCAAUUACCUACCCACUAUUUUUAAAUAAAACUUGGUUGAUUUGGGGUUUUGACUGCUUUGGCGGACAAAGCAACAGUAUUAAGCGAACUCCGCUCACAAUCGUUUUUCGUUAACAAUGAUUAAUCAUUGCGUACAAAUAGGUAUACAUUAAAUAAUUUCCCCUCUAACUUCCCAACUUCUCACCUACAACAGUGGCUCACCCAAGUGCGAAGUGUGUCAGUCUUUUUUAAUUAUAUUUAUUUAAACUUUCAUCAGAAAUAAUAUCUUUAAAGAUAUCAAAAAGUACUAAACAAAAUAAUUAAUAGGUAUAAGGAAGGUGAUAAAAGCUUUUUUCGCUUUAAAAAGUGUGAUCUUUUUUAAAAUCAAAUAAUGUGAUGAUAGAAAUACAAAGUAUAUAAUUUAAAGGUAUUGACAUAACACCAUAGCGAGAUAUAUCACUUGAGAGAAAUCAAUUUGGAGUGGCCUUUCGUCGUAGUUUUUAUCAAAUUAAUUCGAAUUAAAUACAUAUUAAAUACCUAAACGUCCGUAUCAGUUUUAUUCGAAACAAUAAUAUUCGGAAUAUUAUGUUCGUUGUAUAAUAUGGAUCGUAGCAGCUGUAGUUAUGGCAACCCAAGAUAUCCAUGGAUAAUAAAGAAAUCUUUAUUUUUCAUGCCCAUUGUCUUUACCGCACAUAGUAUACUUAAUAUUGAUAAGAGAUAACAAUUGUUGUAAUACAGGUGGUCAAUGGUUACCGACUUGCGUAACUUUUGACAACCGUGCUUUGGAAGUUUCGACCAAACGUUUCGAAACGUUUCACUAUUCGUUCGAUUUGGUUGUAUUGGUAAAUUGUAAUUUUUAUCAUUGAUUUUUGUACCCAUCUCCGCAGUAGUAGUAGUUGUAAACCGAAUUUCUGUUUGUGUAUUAAUGUAGGUAACUAUUAUUUAUUUUAUACGUUGUGAUGAUAUUACAUAGCUUCUCAUUUCUUUUAAUAUUAUUAAUUUAUUAUAAGAAACAUUGACACUUAUGGUGUAGGCAUUCAGAACAAGUAUGUAUUCAUUUAUGUUUGUAUUUUUCGGUAAUUAUAAUAGGCUUGUGGCAAUGGAACAUUUGAAAUAUUUCUUUAUAAGGUUUUUGAGUAAUUAUAAAACUACUCAAUGUCUAUAUCUAUUCUAUUUGCCUGCCGUCUGUAAACUGUUUACAAUGUGUAAGCGCGAAUGCCUAUCAAUCAAAUGUUGAAAUAUAAUUUGAACUUUGUGAUUGAUAUAAUUAUAUAAAAUAGUUAGGGCGUCUUCUUGCUAUUUGAAACUAAUUUAAAUAAUAUUCACAUAGGGAUUAAAAAUCGUUGUUUUACUGUGUUAAUCUCCGAUUUUGAUAUUUUUCUUGCUACCUAUAUGAUAUUAUUAUUUUUGAUAAGUAUCCUCACAGAUAAAUGAUUUUGUUAUUUGUUUAAUUUUAUUAGUAUUUACCAAUUCAAAAUAAUUGUAUUAUUAAAUUGUCUGUAAAGAGCUACACUUAAACUUGUUGAUCACUCAUUAAAAUAAAUAAAUGAUUUAUAUUAAAACCAUUUUUAUACCUAAUGUUAAUAGGCUUUUAGAUCUAAAUUAAAUCUACCGGCAAACAAUUUUUUUUUUUCAUUAAAUAUCCCGAGCUAAAAAAUGUUUAUUGCGUUUCAAGCUAUUCUGGUCAUCUGGAGCAAAUAUACAUACAGGUACAGAUAUGCAUAGGUGAAUCUAGAAAUUAGAUAAGGAAUAGCUAAACAAAUUAAAAUGUAUUUUUAGUACAAGUUAAAUUUAUAUAAGUACUGUUUUUAAAGUACCUUCAUGCUAAGUAAGAUGAUUUAGUCCGCAUAUCUCACUUUUCAUUUGUCUCUGCAGCUAAUCAGUAAGCAUAUUAUUUAUGCUUACUUUAUAUUAUUUUAUAAUGAACAUUGGGAAUUAUGGAAAUACCUGCAUGUAUAAUGUAAUAUGGAUUAGGUUUCUUAGAGUAAAACAACAUGUGCAUUGUAUUGAACUAGAUCCCAGGUUGCCUGGAAAUUUCCGGGUAGGCCUCUAUAUAAAUUAACUAGAAACAUCUGGCAAGGUCAGGUGAUGUAAAUGAAUAACGAGAGUAAAUGAUUAAUCUAGUUUAGUGCAAUAAAAGAUAUGAUUUAUUAGUUUUAUUAAGCUGUAAAAUAGGGCUCAUGAUGCCUUUAAUAAGCCAUCAAGGAUUACAGCAGAUUAUUUAGGGGCAUAUAUAAUUUGUCAAUAAGUUGUCAUAAGCUGCAAAAGAUUAUCAGCUAACUGAGCUAUUAGUGAGGACCCUUUCAAGGGAAAGUAUUUGCAAUAGAAAGUGAUGAAGUAAAAUGGGGCUAUUAUGGAUUGCGUAGAAUACAUUUUUCUCAUGCUAUUUUUUUAAGAUAGUCCUACAUUGAAUGUAUACUCUUUUAUUUAGCUAUAAUAUCACACUUAAGAAAAAAAAUUUCCCUGUCAAUAAAGGUGUAUUCAUAAUAUAUCAAUUAAUUACUGUUACAUUAACAUUAAUACUAUUUUUUAUGCUAUCAUUUGCAAUCUAAAAUUUUGUUUAAUUUAGUAUGUAUUUGACUAAAAGGAAUCCUGAUUAUAUUUAGAACACCAUCACUAUCAUAUUGUUUUAAUUGUUUCUUGAAAAACUUACUGUUUUAAGGUUUGUGUUAGGUUUUGUUGGGUAUUAUCCAAUAAUAUAUCAGUUGUUUAAUAGAAACAUUUUUCUGAAACCCGAAUUUGUAGUAAAUAUCCAACAUGAAAGAGAUGCUCGGUGGAUGCAGUGUAUGUUGUGAUGAUACUGGAUGGACUGAAAACCCCUUGGUGUAUUGUGAUGGGCCUAAUUGUAACGUUGCUGUACAUCAAGGUAAGUUUGCUGUUUUAAGCACAGUAGUUGUCUCAUUAAAUUAUUUCGUGAUUCCUAGUACUUUUAAAUGUCAAUUUUUAGUAAAUUUAAAAAAAGUAUUAUUUAAUUUGUUAAAAAUCUUAAAAUAGCUUGUUAUGGAAUUCGGACUGUGCCAAAAGGUGAAUGGUUUUGCAGGAAAUGUGAAGCAUUUAAAGAAAAAUCUAUUAAAGUGGUUCGUUUAAAAACUUGAGUGAUUUUUAACAUUCUCCUUUUAGAGUGUAAGAAACUUAUGGCAUUAAUUUCAGAAAUGUGAACUGUGUCCAUCUAAAGAUGGUGCUCUAAAACCUACUGAAAAUGGUAACUGGGCUCAUGUUGUGUGUGCGUUGUAUAUACCAGAAGUUACAUUUAUGGAUGUUACUACUAUGGAGCCAGUAAAAUUGAGUGCAAUACCUCGUGAUCGCUUUAACAGAGUAAAUAAUUUUACCAAGUAUCAAUUAUUUUGGUCUUAGUAGGGCUUGAACAUUUAGUUUUCAAUUAUUAUAUAGUUUCAAAAAGAAAUUAUUAUAAUUUUUUUUUUUAUUUACCUAUAGUAGUUCAGCAUUAUUUAGUUUAUUGCAGAUGUUUGCAUUUAGUUACAAAGACAUUAAAAUACACAUGCAUGUUAAGAAUGAUUAAAAUUUUUUAUUUCUUUAAUUAAAAAUUAAGCACUUAAUAAGCAAAUAAAAUAUUUUUUAUAAAUAUAAAAAAUAUUAUUUGGAAUACAAAUUUGUUUUAAAUAUAUUAUAAUAAUAAUUUAAUACAAGAAAUAUUUGAACUACUUAGUUUUUAAUAUGCAUAUUAAUAUUAGGUACCUAUAUUAACUUGUGGGAACCCUUGAAUAUAUAUAAAAUAAGAAUUAUUAUAAUAAAUAAAGGUUUUUGAUUAAUCAUUUGAAAUUAUGAUUAAAGUUAAAUAAUAAAUAAUAAACAUACUUAAUGGCUUAAUGGUAUUUUAGUUUAUUAUUGUAGACAGUUUUUGCAUGGCACUUUGCUUAAUAUUUCACAAUUCCAACUUUGGUUUAUUUAUUGGUGUUAGCAUCUGUUUUUUAAAUUAUUAUUUUUGAACAUUGGACAUACUUAAUCUUCUGUUUCAAGCCCUUGUUUUAUUUAAUUAGUAUAGCUAAUUUUUCUAGAAACUAAUAUAGGUAUUUUAAUUUUGUUAUACAACCACAAGAAUGUACAAGGUGACUUUUUAAGCAUGCUCAUCGUAUUUUUAUUGUUAAAUUGUGUAUAUAUUAAAAUUAUGAUUUUUGGAAUUUUUAAGUGUAGUUAAAGACAAUAUAUUCGAAUAUUUAAAUAUUUCAUAACAUUUAAGGAAUAUCCUUUGGGAUACCAACUACGUUUUUUUAAAAUAAACCUUUAUGCUUAAAUGCAAAUUGUACAUAAAUUAAAUGAUUUUUCUGGAAUAUUUGAUUUAUUGUCAUCAAAAUUUAAAUGAAAAGUUUCUAAGUUCUACUUUAAAUACUAAGAAUAAUAUUGUAUUAAUUACAUUUUAAAUGGAUACAAGUUUAAUAAUAAUAGUUAUGUAAUAUAAAAUAUUUGUUAAUAAUAUUUGUUAUUACUUAGUCAAAUAAAUAGGCUUAAACAAUUUUUAAUAUUACAAAAUGCUUAUGUAUUAAUAUUGAACUUAAUAAUUUUCAAAAAAAAAGUUAAUAUUCUUUCUUAAUAUUUAAUGUAGAAUCACUCGGACAAUUUUUGUUUUAAUUUUGAUUUCAAUAAGUUCACACUUUCAGAAAAAUCAUCAGAUUUAAAAUGUGUAUUAAAAUAUAUAGGUUUCAUUUAAAAAAUUAAACGUGGUAUUACCACAGGAUAUUUCUUAAAUGUUGUAAAAAAUCAAAAUGUUCUCAAAUAUCAUUUUGGGUACACUUAAUGCAUUAAUUGGUUACUGAUGCCAAUUAGUGUCAUAAAUGCAUCAAUAGCAAUGUAUUUGUUGUCAUUUAGCAUUCAAUAUACAAAUUAUGUGAAUAGUUAAGUAUUGCUUGUGCAUUGCUGAAUAAUAUUUGUUUAUUAAUUAGCAUAAUUAAAAAGUUAUGUACACACUGGAGUGAAAACUGCAAAAAGACACACAGUCAACAUAUUAGAAAUUACAAAAAUCAGGAUUUGAAUACAUACAUAAUUAAAUGAUAAAAAUGGGUGAACAUACUUAAAAAAUCACCCUGUUAAGUUUAUUCAAUAUGUGUGUACAUUAUUAAUAGGUAUUUGCAAAUUAUUUAUUAGGUUUAUUUGUUUUAAGGUGUGUUAUAUAUGUGAAGAAAAAAAUAAAGGGACAAAAGUAACGACAUAUGGUGCAUGUAUGUCAUGUAACAAAUCUGGUUGCAAAUUAGGAUUUCAUGUGACAUGUGCUCAAAAUGCUGGUUUAUUGUGUGAAGAAGCAGGAAAUUAUUAUGAUAAUGUUAAAUAUGUAGGAUAUUGUAAGCACCAUUACUCCAAGUUGGUUAGUAUUAUUAUUUUAAAAAUUAAUUCAAAUCAGAAUAUACUUGUUGUGCUAUUCAUAUUUGACAAAUAUUUUUAGAAAAAAAGCAACAGUAUUAAACCCAUUGCUCCAUAUCGACCUCAAAACCAAUCAGAGAAUUCAUCAUCUGAUUUUACUCCAGAAAAAGAACCACCAAUAAACGUACAUAUAGACUCACAAAAUUCAAAACCAAAAAGAAAGUUGACCAUCAUUAACAAUUUUGGUAAGAAAUAAUUAGACUAUAUUUUUAAAAUUCUGAGUUGAGUUGGAAGUUGUUAAUUCUAAAUUGUGAUUUGUUUUCACUAACACUUUUGAGAAGUAAUUAGCAAUCAAAAUUAUUCUGGUAGAAGUAUUCAUAAAAAGAAAAUUAACCAAUGAUAAUACCAAUUACUUUACUCAAUUUUUUUUAAAUUUCAAAAUACCUUAACAAUUUGUUAAAACAUGUAUAAGCGAGAAAAUAAAUAAACUCAUUUACAAAAUAAAGUUAUUUUGAUUACUUGUACAAUUCAGAAAAUAAUCCUUCUAAAUGGUUGAAAUUUUAACCAAUAUUCUGAUAAAAAAAUUACACAAUUGAUAAAUUUAAUAUAUAUUUUAUAAAACCUUAUAAUUUAAAAUAAUAAUUAUAGUCAAUAUUUAAACAUGGACAAUUUUUAUUCAUGGUUAAUACUGUAAUGUGAAAUGUAUUUAUUUUUUAAACACAUUCAAUCAUUAAUAGUUUAAUGCACUUCCUUUAAACCAAAUUCUGCUAUGAUAAUUAAUUUUUAAUACUGUAAAAAUUAUUUAUUAUGUAUACCUAUUAUUUAUGUAAAAAUUUAAUUUUCUUUAUAUAUAUAUAUAGUUUUGCUGAUAAUCAUGAUAAUUUAAAUUAAGAUUAUUUUUAAUUUAUAAUCCAUAACUCACACCCGUUAGGUGAUAAAUUUGUUAAUAAUAAAAAAAUUAAAGAUACUGCAAGUCGCAACACGCUAACUGGAGAUCAAAGAAAAACAGGACCACAUAUUGUAACUACGCACCCAUCUGGAAAUUUAGUCAUUUCAAUUGGGACAAAAACUGAAAAUAAGUCAUGUACUAGUAAGAAACAGUGUUUUGAUGAUUCUGAAACAGAAGUAAAACACACAGCAAGAUAUCAUAAAUCUAAGAAUGCAAUGAGUAUUGUCAAGUCUGAAGAUGACCAAAGCUCAAAUGACUUAAAAGUAAUCGAAGAACCAAAUUUACAUCAUGUUGAAAACAAAAGUACCAUAAUACAAUCAAGUUAGUAUAAUUUAAUAUUUUUAGUCAUUUAGAGUAUAAAUAUAAUAUGAAAUAUAUAGUAUGCCAGGACUGAAUUUUUCAUUCAAUAUUUUUCGAAAAAGAAGAAGAAAAUACUCAUGUAAAAAGAUAGUUUUAGUAUUCACAUUUUUAAAAAUAUUUAUCAUCAGAUUUAAAGUAAAAUAAAAAUCAUCCAAAUCAAUGAUAAAAUUGACUUAACAAAGAAAACAUGUAUGUAUUCAAAUACAUUUUUUGAUCCUAUACAAAAAAUCCGAGCUAAAUUUAAAAAAAAAAUGCAACUUAUAUUGUAUAUACAUACAAUGAAAGGGUUAAAACUUAAAAUCUAAUCAAAAUGUGUUUUUAAGUAUUUUCCUUAAAUUCCUCAAAACCACAUGCUACUGGACAAAAAUAUUUUGCAUUACCUUUAAAAAGAUACAUUUAGAAUUCUGUACUUUAGAAGUAUUAAUAAUUUAUGCUCAUUCUUAUAAAUACAUUUAACAUGAUAAGUUAUGAUUACUUGUACUUUAUUUCAGGUGGUCAAGCAAUAAAUUUAUCUCAAAUGACAGAUACAAAUGCAUUGAAAAAAGAAACCAGUGUAAUUAAUUCUCCUUCAUAUAAUAAACAUGUUACUAAAACAGAAUCCAUUGAUAAAAAUAUGUAAGUCUAAAUAACAUUUUGGUUUUUUUUUUUUUUUUUUUAUGAAAAGUUACAUUAUAUAAUAUGAAUUUAGAUAUAAAAAUGGUGCUAAUGCUCCUCACAUGUUGGGAAAUUCAUUGAAUCCAUCAUCUAGUAUGGCACAAACAAUGGCAGAUACUUUAAACGAGGAAAUUGAAACACAUAAAAUGUUUAAUAAUGAAGCCUGUUCAUUAAACAGUGCCCAAAAAAACAUGUUUGCAGGUCCACAGAUACACCGAAGGAAUCCAAGGUCUUCUCAAAAUCAACAGGUCUGCACAUUAAAUAUUUAGUUAAGGUGGUCACACAUUAAGCCCUUGGCAACUCUCAAAUUUGAAGGGAAAAUUAUUAUGAUUAUAAUUUUAUAUCAGUAAUUACAUAGCUUUGAAAAAUCAAUGAAUUCUUAUUUAAAUGUAAUUAUUAUUUUAAUUAAUUUUGUUACAUUUUUGAUAAAAAUGUCUUGAAGCAUGUCUGAAUGGACAAUAUCAAGUAUUUUAUUAUCCGUUUGAUGUUAUCAUAUUUCCUUUGUAUAUUUUGUGCCUGACAGUUGAUAUCUUUAUAGUGUAUAUAAAAAUAUAAAUACAGUUUCUGAUACCAUUAGUCACACAUAUCUAAAGCUACAUUGAAAAUUCUUUAUGUUAAACUUCUUUUAUAUUUUGUUAUGUAUAUAUUGACAAACAAAUUUUGUAACUAAUUCAACAGGAGACAUCUCAGGCCCAAGCAUCAGGUCCAUCAUGGUCUUCAUUUACAAAUGGAAUUAACAGCAAUAGCAAUCAAGCCUUAGAAGAUUUGCUUGAAAGACAAUGGGAGCAAGGUGGAGCAUUUUUGAUGGAACAAGCUCAACAUUUUGACAGUAAAAUAUUUUUUAAUAUUACAAAUUAUUUUUAUUAAAAUAUUGAUUUUUAAUAUAGUUGCAUCAUUGUUAACUUGCUUAUAUCAGUUGAAGAGUGAAAAUGUUAACUUGGAAGAGGAACUAGAUGGUUAUACAAGACGUCGUGAUCAUUUAUUAGCUGUUAAUGCACGACUUGCAAUUCCACUUGCACCUCAAAGUAACUAUUCCUUGUAUAAUAAGUGUAUCAUUUUACUUAAUUAUUUGUUGUACAUUUUAAGUUAAUAGAAAUCAACCACAAUGUCCUCCUACUACAACUAUGAACCACCCUGAACCUCCUGUUCCAAUUCAACCACCAAUGCCAAAUUAUCAACCUAAUUUAGGAAAUAUUGAUUCUUCAUUGCAACAUAGGUAUCAAAAUCAUUCAAUGUUCAACAGGUAUACAACUUUAUUAUAAUUUUAAUAUUUUACCUGAUUUUAAAUUUAAAAAAAUAAUUAAUUUCCAGACACCCAGGACAUCAUUUUCCAAAUAAUGUACCUUCCCAAGUAGUCAACCGUGGGAGUGUUGCCCAAGAGCCAAGACUAGACAACAGAAGACAAGUUCACCAAAAUCUGGGAGUAUUAAAUCCUAAUCCAAUGUACCAAGCUACUGCACAACAAUCGCAUGACUUAUCUGUAAAUAUUUUAAUAAAUUUAUAUAAUUAUUAUUAAAACAUAUUUAUACAUUAAAUGUGUUCUCAUAGUUGCCACAUCAUCAAAUGGGCACAGAUGGCCAACCAAAGCAUAGUUGAGAACACGCUAAUUGUUCAUGUUCUCAGUGCACUUCACUUUUAGCUGAUUAUGUCCUGGAACAUAUAACAUAAAAAUUAAUUAAAUGUUCAUAUUCUAAAAUUAAUUUUAAAUUAUUCUAUAAUUCUGGUUGAAAACAUGUUUAAAAUUGCAAUGUAAAUUAUUCAGGAUCACUAUUUUAUUAUAUUAAUUAUGUAUUAUGUAUUAAACCUUAAAUAUUAUUUAUUUAUCAACUACAAAGUUCUACAAAAAAAAAAAUUAAAAAUAUAGUUGUUGAAUGUUAUAUUGAUUAAAACAUUGUAUUACUUGCCUUUAAUGUUAUGUAUUUAAGUAUUAUACAUAUUACUAUAAUUUAUAAAGGAUUGUAAACUAACUCAUUUUUUUAACAUUAUAAAAAUGUGUGUGGUUUAGAUUUAUACAAUUGUUUGCAAAUGUUGGGUUAAUAAUAUUUUUUAGUGACACUAAAUAUUUUGGCCAAAUAACUUUGGAUUUGAAUUUGGUUUCUAGGAGGUGAUGGGGAGUACAAAAUACUAAUUUUAGGAUACAUUGUAUAAAUAAAUUACUUUUUUUUUUUAAUAUGUACACCUAUUUUAAAUAUCAGAUUCUAAAAGUUUUAUUUUUUCUAAAUUGUCUGAAAUAUAGGUACCUAGUUAAAUAAAGCUAUGAUUUUCUCUAAAUUUUUCAAAUUAUUUAAAACAUGACUUAAAAUGUGAAGAAAUUGAACUACUGUUUUAUAAUAAAAAUGAUUACUUAAAAUAAUUAUAAAACUAUACAUACAUAAAAACAUAUUUACCUUUUUAAUGUUAACUCAAUCCUAAAAAAUGUGUUUUCAUUUGAAUAAAGGAAGUUUUAUUGCUAUAGUUACAAAUUUAAAAUUUAUCCUAAAAUUAGUAUUUCAGUACUUACUUUUUAUUACCUUCUGAAAACCAAGUUUAAAUUCAAGGUUAUCCAAUCAUACAUAUUUAGUAUUGUUUAAAAAAAAUGAUCAACUAUUUUCUAAAAAUAGUUUAAAAUUUUUUUUUCAGUUUGUGUUAAAAAUGACUAACUACUUUAUAGAUUAAAUUUAUUUGGUUUCUUAGUUAAUGGUACAUUUUUUAAAUUUAAUUAAUGUAUGUUAUAUUUAAACCUUUCUGAUAGAGUAAAGAAUGUCAAUCAUACAAAGUUGUAAAAAAUACCUAUUUUAAACCACUAUUGGUAUAUUUAAAAGUGGACUGCCUUUACAACAAAAGAACAAAUAUUUUAGUUAACUUGUGAACAAUGAUUCAAUUGUUUAAAAAAUGUUCUGUGUUAUAUAUUUGUGUAUCAUAACUAGUAUAUCACUUUUUAUUUUGUUCAUUAUUAUAUUAUCUAUUUGUAAAUAAUCAAUAGUAAAAAAAAAAUAACAUUAUGAUCUCUUUCAUACAUUUUAACUAAAAUUUAGACUAGGGAAAUGUUUGAUAUUAUUUGUUUAACAUUAUUUAAAAACUAAAUUAUUAAUUUAUUAAUAGUUCACAAAUAACAGUAAUCUUACUAUAUUUGUUUAAAUAAUCUAAGGAUGGGUGAGCAUGCAUUUGCGUUGUAAUUAUAAUACAAUUGUGUGCGCUAUAUAUUGUAUGGCAAAUGUGAGCAAUGAGAAUUAUACUUAACUUCCUUGAUUGUGUAUGUAUAUAAUGCAUAGUUAUAGUGUUUUAUAUUUAACAUAUAAAAAUGUACAAGGCGGAUAAAUUUGAGGAAACAGCAUUUCUUCAAAAUAGAAUACUAUGCAUGCUCAGGUGUGGAUUCAGCUUAAUGGUUUAAAUUUCUUUAAUUAAAAUAUAUAUGUAUAUAUUAUGUUGAAUUCAAAUUAAUACUUUGACAUUAUAUUUCAACAUUUUGCCAAAUAAUAAUGACAUUAAGUAUAAGUUACAUUCACUGAAUUAUUUACAUUUUUUUUUUAAUAUUAAUAUAUUACAUUUGUUCUUCACAGUUAUUGUUAAACAUUAAAUCUAAUACCAUUGCUAAGUUAAAUUAUACUAAAACUAGAUGUAAUGUUUGUUGCUUUACUUAGCCAUAUUUAAACAAAUGUUCGGUGUUUUAUUAUUAUCAUUACAUGUUAUACUUAUAAUAUAUUAAGUAGUUUUAGGUUUUAGGUUUUUUUUGUUUUUUGUUUUAUCUUCUUUAUUAUCAUUCAAUUUAUGAAUUUGCUAUUUUAUUAUCCAUAAUUAAAUGUAUUAGUGAACCUUUUUUUCAUAGGCAUUACAAAUAUUCAAACUAUCAUGUAUUACUCUAUUUUUAUAAAUGUAUAAAUCUGUACCUCAGAACCAGACUUAAGUCACAUUAUUUUUUCACAAAGAAACUAAAAAAGGGCAUAUUUUUUUCCAUCUAUCACGAUUUAUACUCAUAUAACCCUGGUAAAAUUAUAGGAGUAUUUUUAACAGACUUCCAUUAUCAUGGCUUGAUGAUGAAUAUGCAAAAAAUGUAAUAAUCUAAAUAAUAAUUUUUGGAUCUAACUUUAUUUGAUUCUGAGGUACAGAAAUGCAAUGAUUUUCUUCUCAAUAUUGUGUGUAUUAUAUAAAAAUUCAAUAAAUAAAUAAUUUGACAAGUGG